AUGGCUUCCCUUCGUUCGCCGUCUCCCGCGAGCGACGCGUCCCGGCCUGCCUCGCCACAGUUAACCCCCAGGUCGAAGCUCCAGGCCGAACUCGCCGCGUUGGACGAGAGCUCAGGCGAUGAGGAUGCACGCCCAAUCAACAGGAAAACUCUAUUCAAGUCGCCCGCCAAGCCGACUGGCAGAAUUAGCGAGACACUCCACGAAGAGGACGGAGACGAUAACGAUGAAGAGGACGCUGACGAGGAUAUCAUCCGGCCGCGAGGCAGGCUUGCAGCACGCAUGCAGGCCAACGACGACACAGACAAGCAGGAACUGGCACCCAAAUCUCCACAAAAGGCACCAGAAGCUGUGAACGAGCCAAUGCAAAGUGCCAACGACGUAGAUGCUGGUGGCAAUGGCAGUAACGACGACGACGAUGUCAGCACUGCACCGCGCAAACGCCGGAUACGCGCUGCUCGUAGCAGAACACCCGAGACAGCACUCAACCGGGAGCAGAGCCCUGCAUCGCCGGGCCUCUUCGUCUCCCCAAACGCUUCACAACGCUCAGCCGCCGAGUCGGACAGCGACGCGGACCUACCCAACAACCUGGCGCAGAAUUCGCGUUUUCAGGCCUUGGUGGCCCGGAAGCGUGAACAACGCCUCGCCAAAGAGGCUGAGGAGAAGAAGAAACGCGACGAGCGCGCCCAACGCGUAGCCGAGGCGUUUCCGGACGCGGACGACGACGAUGACGACAUGUCAGACAUCAGUGACGACGACGCGGGCCGUAAGCUCACGCAGGAGCUCUCCCGCCCUUCGGCUCGCAAGGCCAGCAAGAAGGCCCUGGAGGAGAUGAACCGCGAGACGCAGCGCUUGAGCCGUAGCAUGCAGCUGGCUCACGAGGCCAAGACCAAGAAGAAGAUCAGCAAGUCUUCGCUCUUUGAAAGAUUCAACUUCAAGACGCCUGCCCCUCAGGCGCCACAAGAGAUUCCUCCAACGAGCUCCAGUCGGCCAACCACUCCUGUUUCGGCUGCUCAGACCGACGCCGAAAUGGCCGAGGAGGCAACGCCCCCGAGCUCUCCUCCCAGCGCUGUGAAGAAGAUGGCAGCAUUGAAUGUCGGUGCAGUCCAGGAGCAACAAGCAGAUGCCAUCCAGCAGGAGGCUAAGGAAAGCGAGCUACCUAGUCUUGCCGAUGUAAUACCUCCGGGCAAAAGUCUUGAUAAGGGUAAAGGUAAAGCGACUCUCGCAGACCUCGAAUCACCCAAGAAGAAAACACCCAGCAAACCGAAGCGCCAAUUCCGUGUCAAGCUGCCGGCCGUACAAGCCAAUAUGACUACCAUUGACCUGGAUGAUGAGCUAGAAAUCGAGCAGCCCAAAAAGCAAAGCAAGAUUGAUGCCAUCUUCAGCCGCGUGCCCGCACAGCAGACCAAGGAGGCACGCUCGGUACACGUGUUGCGGCAACUGGCUCACGUGUCUUCCCCGCCCCAGGAUUCUCGCAAGAGGCAUCAGAAGCCUUCCAUGACGGUCGGCGAGCUGCAGCUGAACUUACAGCAGCGCGCUCGUGCUCAGGCCAAACUCGAGCGCGAGCGCCGUCUGGAGGCGCUCAAGGCAAAGGGAGUCCACGUGCAGACCGAAGAGGAGCGCGAGAAAGAGCGAGAAGAAGUUGAGGAUAUUGUCGCCCGGGCACGCCAGGAAGCCGAAGAGAUCAUGGCUCGAGAGCUCGACGAUGCCAAGAAGGCCAAGAAGGAGCGCAAGGAGAAUGGCGAGCAGGACCAUCUGGACUGGGAUGACAGCGAUGACGACAGCUUUGUCGGCAGUGAUGAUGAGCCGCUUCAGCCCAUUGAGGAGGGCGAGAUCGAGUUUUCGGGCUCCGAUGAGGAGGAGAACGACGAAGUGGAAGAUGAGUCUGCUGGCAAUCCUAUGUUCGACGAAGAUGCCGAGGAAGCAGAUGAGUCUGAAGGGGACGAUGUGGACGGGGUCGUUGAAAGCACAGUGACCGAGAAUGAGCACGAUGAGGAUGCAGACGACACACCACGCGCCACGUCGAAGUUCCGGCGCCCAAGAAAACACACACAGAUCCUCUCAGAUGACGAGGACGAAACGCCUGUUGCAGCUACGCCUAAGCCAAAGUCUGCCUUCUUCAAAUCACCAUCUGGCCCCAAUUCGGACUACCCGAAGGCUCCCACUUCUGUCCUUCGCUCGGCAACCAAAACCUUCAUUCCUGGUCUCUCCGUGCCAGCGGCAUGUCCUGCUGGCCUAGGUCUUACCCAGAUCUUCGCUGGAACCAUGGAUGACAGCCAGGCUGCAUCAGCAGCACCCACCAGCGGCUCGCCUGUUGAGUUCAUGCCCAGCUUUGAGAACUUCCCGGAUUCCCAAUUCUCUGCCACUGCCGGCACCUCACAGCCUGCUGGAGAGGACAUGGUUCUGGACAGUCAGACUGAAACCCAGAGAGGGAAAGCGGAGACUCAAGGAGUUCAGCUUAACUUUGAGCAAAGUCAGAUGCAUGGUUUUGACUCCUUGAUGCAGAUGGACAACACGCAGGCCUCUGACCUGCUAAACCCAUCCCAAGACACUGGAUUCGCAGACUUCUCGCCUCUAAAGCGACGCUUCGUUGAUCCCCCCCACAGCACGGUCGAUACUGUCCUGCUCAAUGGAAGUCCUGCUGCCGACCCUGAGGUGGACGUUGAUCAGAUGGAGUCACCCCUUGUCCGCAGGCGCGGUAAGCUUAUACAGCGGCGCGAAGUCUCCUUCGCGGAGGAUUCUACUCUGCCGCCUACGGCAAUCCCUGGUUCUCCGCUGGUGAAAAUGACAGCUGCGCCUAGAGCCGUGGAUGCCGAAGUAGAUGACGAUGGCGUCUCUGCCUUUAGGCUCAUGGCCAAAGCUGCGCGCCGAAAGAAGCGCCAGGAGAAAUUCGAUGCGAAGAAGAGCAAGGCCAAGGAGAUGGUGGAGGGUGAGGCCGAGGAGUCUGAGGACGAGUACGCAGGGCUUGGUGGUGCCGACGGCGAAGACUCGUCUGAUGACGAGGACUUGGAGGAGCUGCGAAAGCAGAUGAUCGAUGAUGCAAAGGGCAAUGAAGACGAUGAAGGGAAAUUGGCAGCCUUCUUUGCCGACCGCGAGCGUGCAGCAGACAGCGCCCAAGUUGAUAAGCUGUUCCGGGAUAUCACGACUGGUAUGCUGCGCAAACGCCGCCGUGGAGGUGGUGGCGGCAACGGAGACUUUGACCUAUCAGACUCUGAUGACGGCGGCGAAGCCCGUCGCCGUCUCAAGCGAAAGCAAUUCGCCAAGAUGCAGAAGGCCCUCUUUGCUGAUGAACGUAUCGGUAAGAUUGCUGAGAACCCUCGCAACGCCGCUUUCAUGAAGAGUAUCGAGGAUCGCGACAGCGACGAGGAGAUGGGCUUUGACGAGCCGUACUUUGUUGAGGAGGAGGAGGACAGUCAGCCCCAGGACAAUAACCAAGCACACGCGGAGCAGAGUGAAGACAGUGUCCCUGACAGCCAACCGCAAGCUUCGACAUCGCACAAUACCACCAAUCUGGGUCGUAAACGCACGCGGACGGAUUCUGCCGAAGCGGCGGCCCGCCCGCCGCCCAAUGCGAAGAGGACAAAGGGCGGUCCUCGGCCUACUUCCAUCGCCGAUGUCCGCCGUUCGCUGUCAAGCCUCCUGGGCGAACCAAACCUCAGCUUCGAGUCCGUCAUCCCGGCCACGGACCCAGCCGAGCCCGAUAGCGAGGACGACGAGCAAAGCCCAGCGGCAGGCUCCCCCAACAAGGAGAACCGCCGCCCCGGUUCCGUCGCCGUCGUGGACCGCAUCUCGCUGAAGCGCUCCGGCUCCUCCAAUCUCAGCACGUCGUCCAAGCUGGCCUUCGCCGCCGCCGCCGGGUCCUCGUCGGCCUCGUCGUCGGGCGCCGGCGGCUUCAAGGUGCCCGCGCUCCUGCGCCGCGCCACCACCAACUCGCUCAUGUCGCAGGCCUCGUCGACAUCGACAUCCACAUCGACGUCAUCCGCGACAACGCCGGCCACGCACGGCAGCGGCAGACACGGCGCCGCCGGCACCGGGUUCGGCGACGACGCCAAGCUCAAGAAGAACGCCGGCAAGCGCAGCGGCGUCAACUUCUUCGCGCGCGAGAACGAGCGCCGCGAGAAGCUCAAGGAGAGCGAGCGCCGCCGCGAGGAGCGCAAGUGGAAGGGCGUCGAGGGCCGCGGCAAGGUCGUCGGCGGGCUAUUUGGGGGUGGCAGUUUUGAGUAG